AGUAUACAGCCAUGCCCAGUUUAUCUCGCUUUUGGCCCCAGGGCAGGCAUUUCCUAUAUGGGCCCCACCUCACUGUCAUGGUCACCGAACUGCCCACCCCUCUAAAACUUGAGUAUCCCACAGCUAAUGAAACUAGACAAGUAUGUCAAAUUGCAUAACAGUGGGUAUGAAUCACCCCAUAUAUCUGUGUACUUCAUGAAGUCAGUUAUUUGGGGAACUUUAUGGUCAUUGGGGCCCCUGAGUAAGGAUCUGGCACUGGCUGGUGGUAACUUCGUCACAGAUCAUAUCUUAUCAUCCAAAGUGGACAUAUGUGACCACCCUUGUCACUACAGUAUAUAACGGGAGUGGCUUCACUGUAGCACCAGUGUACCUUGUCUGGCUGAUCCCGCCCCUAGUUGGGGAGAGAGCUGGUGCACAGCGGAGCCCAUCGCAGUUGACUGUUUGAAUAGCAGUAUGCAUGUUCGCGAGGGACUCCGCGAAGCGCUCAUGUCCCAGCAGUGUACUUCACCGCCCAGAGACCAUCUACUCAAGAGUCGAGGAUAAUAAAAUUGGAUGAGGCAGGCGGACCAGAGGCGGAAAGCCCGGAGUGACCGGAGGAAUACAGUAUUACUACAGGACUGCAGGCUGCCGCACUCCUCUGAACGUGGACAAUCAUGCAUGUGCUCUUCUGGGGCUUGGGGUUCCUACUAUUCCCUGAUUUCUUGAAUGUAGUCGCAUCUACAGGGAGAUUGCUGUUGAAUUCAAGCACAGUAAAAGAGGAGGUCGGUGCUUAUGAGAUUGUAACACCGGUGAGAGUGAAUGAAGCCGGUGACAAGUUUCCAACCAGUGUGCACUUCAAGAGGAAAAGACGAAGUUUGGACGAGAGCACCGGCAACUCUACGGAUCACUGGGCCUCGCCAAAUAUCCACUACAGGAUAUCUGCUUUCGGAGAGAACUACCACCUCAACCUCACGCUGGAUUCGGGAUUUAUCGCACCUUUCUACACUGUGACGAUACUUGGAGUACCCCGAGAAGAUAACAUAACGGAUUUUGCAACAGAUGGGGAGGCGGAGGAGGAGGAGGACACGGAGUUAAGGCACUGCUUCUAUAAAGGACAUGUAAAUGCACAAGCAGAACACGCCGCGGUCAUCAGUUUGUGCUCCGGACUGCUUGGCACUUUCAGGUCUCCAGAGGGGGAGUAUUUUGUGGAGCCCCUACACAGCUAUCAAGGAGAACACUAUGAAGAGGAACACACAAAACCUCAUAUUGUUUACAGGAAGAGUGCACCCAAGAAACAGACAUCUGGGGACAACUCAGCUUGUGACACUUCAGGACACAAACACAGACAUAAGAGGCACAAACUGAAGAGAAAGCCAGCAGGUGUGACCACUGUGUUCAAUGCAGCCCCUGUGGUCAGCGCUGGUAUAUUCAGUGACGUGGAGUCAUUGAGUUCUGGCCUGGCCAGCAAUGCUUUACUCAGAUCAGAGAGCGGCAGUGCUAGCGCUAGACCAUCAAAUGAUAGCAGUGGUGACUCAGGACCUCACAGGAGAUCAAAACGCUUCCUCUCCUACCCGCGCUUUGUUGAAGUCAUGCUGGUGGCCGACAGCAAAAUGGUGGAGCAUCAUGGCAGCAACCUACAGCACUACAUACUCACAUUAAUGUCCAUAGUGUCUUCCAUCUACAAGGAUCCCAGCAUUGGCAACCUGAUUAACAUUGUGAUUGUAAAGUUAGUCAUAAUAAACAACGAGCUGGAUGGUCCAGUCAUUUCAUUUAAUGCACAGACCACUUUAAAGAACUUCUGCAUUUGGCAGCAGAGCCAGAACAUCCUGGAUGAUAAUCACCAUUCCCAUCACGACACUGCCAUCCUCAUCACCAGGCAGGACAUCUGCAGAGCAAGGGAUAAGUGUGACACCUUAGGACUUGCAGAGUUGGGCACAGUGUGUGAUCCAUACAGGAGCUGCAGCAUCAGCGAGGACAAUGGACUCAGCACUGCGUUUACUAUUGCCCAUGAACUUGGCCAUGUGUUCAACAUGCCUCAUGACGACAGUAACAAGUGUAAGGAGGAUGGAGUUAAGGUUCAGCAGCAUGUGAUGGCUCCCACGCUUAACUACAACACAAACCCUUGGAUGUGGUCUAAGUGUAGCAGGAAGUACAUCACAGAGUUCCUUGACACAGGAUAUGGUGAAUGCUUGCUCGACGAGCCCGUUUCUAGGCCAUACAGUCUCUCGCAGCAGCUGCCUGGACGGAUAUACAAUGUCAAUAAACAGUGUGAAUUGAUAUUUGGGCCAGGAACGCAGGUGUGCCCUUAUAUGACUCAGUGUCGGAGGCUGUGGUGCACCAGUCCAGAGGGUGCUCAGCAGGGAUGCAGGACUCAGCACAUGCCGUGGGCAGACGGCACUGACUGCUCCCCGGGAAAGCACUGCAAACAUGGCCUGUGUAUAGCCAAAGAGCAUGAUGCCGCACCUGUGGAGGGAGCAUGGGGAGUUUGGAGCCCUUUUGGUACCUGUUCGCGGACAUGCGGCGGGGGCAUCAAGAUCGCUGUGCGGGAAUGCAACCGACCCGUGCCCAGGAACGGAGGAACGUAUUGCGUUGGUCGCCGGAUGAAGUUUCGUUCCUGUAACUCUGAGCCCUGCUCCAAGCAGAAAAAGGACUUCAGGGAGGAGCAAUGUGCUGCUUUUGAUGGCAGGCACUUCAACAUCAACGGUCUACCUCCUAAUGUUCGCUGGGUGCCCAAGUACAGCGGAAUCUUGAUGAAAGACAGGUGUAAGCUGUUCUGCAGGGUGGCAGGCAGCACGGCCUACUAUCAGCUCAGGGACAGGGUCAUUGAUGGCACGCCGUGUGGACCUGAUACCAACGACAUCUGUGUCCAGGGCCUGUGCAGGCAAGCGGGCUGUGACCAUGUAUUGAACUCUAAAGCCAGAAGGGACAAAUGUGGUGUGUGCGGAGGCGACAACUCUUCCUGCAAAACUGUGGCAGGCACCUUCAACAUUGUCCGCUAUGGCUAUAAUGAAGUAGUGCGAAUACCUAGUGGUGCUACAAAUAUAGAUGUGCGUCAACACAGCUACUCAGGGAAACCAGAGGAUGACAACUACCUCGCCAUAUCAAAUAGCCGUGGAGAGUUCCUGCUUAAUGGAGAGUUUGUGGUCAGCAUGUUCAAAAGGGAAAUCAAAGUAGGAAAUGCCGUCAUCGAGUACAGUGGCUCUGACCAUGUCAUUGAGAGGAUCAACUGUACUGACCGUAUUGAAGAGGAGAUCAUUGUCCAGGUGCUGUCUGUGGGGAACCUUUACAACCCAGAUGUAAGGUACUCCUUUAACAUCCCUAUAGAGGACAAACCUCAGCAGUUCUUCUGGGAUGCCUAUGGGCCCUGGCAGGAGUGCAGCCGCUUGUGCCAAGGAGAGCGAAAGCGGAAGAUUCUCUGUAGCAGAGAGUCGGACAGGGUGGUGGUGUCAGAUCAGAGGUGUCAUGGUACAGCCAGACCUGCUGUCAUCACUGAGCCCUGCAACACUGAAUGUGAACUCAGGUGGCACAUAGCCCGUAAGAGUGAGUGCACAGCUCAGUGCGGUCUGGGAUAUCGUACCCUGGAAAUAUACUGUGCCAAAAUCAGCCGUACAGAUGGCAAGACUCAGAAGGUUGAUGACCGCUACUGUAGUGGUCAGCGCAAACCUGAUGACAAGGAAGGUUGCCAUGGAGACUGUAACCCCGGUGGCUGGGAGUACUCGCCUUGGUCAGAGUGCUCCAAGAGCUGUGGUGGGGGCACCCGCCGUCGAGGGGCAGUGUGUCGAAAGGCAGCUGAGGCUGGCGGUGAUGAGAGCAAAUGCAGUCAAAGGGACAAGCUGACCGUCCAACCCUGCAAUGAAUUCCUCUGUCCACAAUGGAAGACUGGUGACUGGUCUGAGUGCCUCGUGACAUGCGGGAAAGGCUACAAGCACCGUCAGACGUGGUGUCAGUUUGGUGAGGACCGUCUAGACGAUCGCUUCUGUGGUUCGUCUAAACCUGAGUCAGUGCAGACCUGCCAGCAGCAGGAGUGUGCCUCUUGGCAGGUCGGACCCUGGGGACAGUGCACUACCUCGUGUGGGCCAGGCUACCAGAUGCGAGCGGUGAAGUGUGUGGUUGGCUCUUAUGGUGCUGUCAUGGAUGACACUGAAUGUAACGCUGCCACCCGACCCACCGACACCCAGGACUGUGAACUGGCUCAGUGUCCCAGCAGCCACCCUGUUCCCCCAGGGACCAAAGUCCCCUCCCACCAGGGCCACAAAACCCAAUGGCGGUUUGGUUCCUGGACCCAGUGUACUGCCAGCUGUGGCAAGGGGACACGGAUGCGCUAUGUGAGUUGCCGUGACAACCAGGGUGGUGUGGCAGAGGAGUCGGCAUGCGCCCACUUACCAAAACCCCCUGCCAGAGAAGUGUGCUCAGCAGUGGCCUGCGGACAGUGGAAAGUGCUGGAAUGGACAGUGUGCUCAGUAACCUGUGGCCAAGGGAAGACGACACGGCAGGUACUGUGCGUCAUCAAUGACCAAGAAGUGAAUGCUAGUGAGUGUGACCCAGAUGAUCGUCCUACCACAGAGCAGGACUGUGCUAUGUCUCAAUGCCCGUCCCGCUCCAGUGAUUCCCGACCUUUGCCGUCCUCACCAAACGCCAGCGCCAGGAACAACCUGCCCCGUAGCCAAUCCCACCAAUGGCGAACCGGACCCUGGGGCGCGUGCUCCAGCACAUGUGCAGGAGGUUUCCAGCGGCGUGUAGUAGUGUGCCAGGAUGAGAAUGGCUACCCUGCCAACAGCUGUGAGGAUCGCAGCCGGCCCAAUGAGCAACGAUCCUGUGAGUCAGGGCCAUGUCCACAGUGGAUCUAUGGCAGCUGGGGAGAGUGCACCAAGCCAUGUGGAGGUGGGAUAAAGACGAGGCUGGUGGUGUGUCAGCGUCCAAAUGGCGAGCGUUUCAACGAUCUGAGCUGCGAGAUCCAUGACAAGCCACCAGAUCGUGAGCAGUGCAAUACUCAGCCAUGCCCGUCUAGCCCCCACUGGAGCACAGACCCAUGGAGCUCGUGCUCGGCCUCCUGUGGAAGAGGUGUCAAGUCCCGUAAAGUGAGCUGUGUGACCGGGUCAGGUCGCCCAGUCCCAGAGGAAAACUGCCAGUACCUGUCCCCAAAACCCAGCAAGCAGAGGCGUUGCCGAGGUGGACGAUGCCCCAAGUGGAAGACUGGCAACUGGGGAGAGUGCUCAGCCUCAUGUGGCGACGGCGUCCAGCGACGGGAGGUGUUCUGCCAGGUCGGAGACCGACGGAGCCCAGUGGAGACCGGCUGUUCCCAGCGCUCCCGACCGGCGUCCAGCCAGAGCUGCCGGGUCGCGGACUGUCCCUCCCGGUACCGGUGGGAAGAAGGACGCUGGCAGACGUGUAGUAAGUCAUGUGGAUCGGGACACAGACGACGAGCCUUGCAGUGUGUGGACCACAACCAGAAGGAGGUCCAUGCUAUGUACUGUGUCAACCAGAUUAGACCUCCAGACAUGGAGAGCUGCAACACCCACGCCUGUGAAUUAAUCUGGAUCACUGGGGAAUGGACUGAGUGCUCAGCCAGCUGUGGCCAGGGCUACCGCCAGCGUCUGAUCUCCUGCAGUGAGGUGCAUGUGGAGAAUGACAACUAUGAGUACGGCCAUCAGUCUUUGUCCAACUGCCCCGGGACCCCUCCUGAGAGCUACAUGCCUUGUAAUCUGGACCCGUGCCCGCCGCCACAGCAGUGGAGGGUUGGAAUCUGGGGACCGUGUUCAGCGAGCUGUGGUGAUGGAGUAAUGGAGAGGACGGUGCAGUGUGUGUCAGCAGAUGGUCAGGAAAGCAAUAGGUGUUCUCCAGACGCCAAGCCAGAAGGCAGAAAAGUCUGCAGAAAUCCAAGCUGCCAUUUGCCCUCCAGCUGUCAGGAGGUCCAGAGCACCAACGGCCCCCUCCCAGACAGUGAACACUUUCUCGAUAUUCAAGGAAAAGCACUCAAGGUCUACUGUGCAGGAAUGCAGACAGAGACUCCACAGGAGUACAUCACCUUGAUGAUGGGAGAAGGGGAGAAUUUCUCUGAGAUCUUUGGCUUCAGGCUAAAUGACCCCACCCAGUGCCCAGCCAAUGGCUCCAGAAGAUCAGACUGUGACUGUCGGAGAGACUACACCACUGCUGGCAUCACCACUUUCUCCAAAGUCCGUCUGGACAUCAGCAAGAUGAACAUCAUCACUACAGACUGGCAGUUUGCUUUCACCCGAGAAGGCAAAAACGUUCCAUUUGCCACAGCUGGAGACUGCUACAGCGCCGCCCGUUGCCCACAGGGUCGGUUCAGGAUCAACCUCUCAGGAACAGGUUUUAAGGUGGCUGAGGACACCUUGUGGAUCUCCCAGGGCAACUAUGCAGUGGCUGAUGUACGAAAAUCACAGGAUGGUAGCAGAGUGUCAGGAAUAUGCGGCGGCUACUGUGGUAAAUGUACACCGUCCUCUGGCUCCAGUCUUCCUGUAACAGUGGAAUAGACCUAAUACCAUCAAACAGCCCGUACUCCCAUUCAUCUCGAUGUCGUGUCAACACAUCCCUCCUUUGGUGCUGCAGCCAAUUAAGAGCUCAGACCCAACCUUCAUAUGACCUCUUUUACUCCCAUAUGUGUAUAAUGUAAAUGAAUCUGGUGUAAGUACUGUACAUAGCAGGAUAAAAAUGUCUUAUUUAUUGUACUCUCCAUUUAUUUUUGUAUUGUAAUAUAAUUUAACUGUUUUGUUGUCAGUAGCGAGUGCCGCACAGUUGCCAUUUAUUCGAUUUUUUUUUUUUUUUUGCCAGAAUGUGCCUUUCACUUUGGAUAUUUGCCAUUUGUCCUUGCUGUACAGUGCAUGUGUUACAGCCAUAUGUUCCUUUUUGGACCAAUUCAGUAAAUUGUGUUUAAUCCAGUAAGAUUAUAGUUGUGUUGGUCAGAAGUCCUAUUGUUCAUAUGCAGUGAGGUGUCUCCAAUCUGUGGGUCUGUUUUUAAUUAUCACUUCAGGCAAGAUUUCUUGACAUAUGUUCAGGUGCUAGAAUCCUAUACUACACUGUGUUCUAUUAUGUAGCUCUUUUAGAAGACUUUUUGGGUUCAGUUAAGUGCUUAUUUGUUACCUUGAAUGUAUUACUUGGUAAUAUGUUGCCAGUCCAAAGAUCCUUCCAGUCACAAGUGGGCUUUCAUAAACUGUGAGCAACUGUAGCUGUAAAUUCAGACAGGCUGUCAGUCCAGCUAGGGGAUUCGGUGCCUACAGUGGCCAGUGCCACCUGCACACUUCUCAUCUCAGUUUACUUCCGAAGUAUUUGUAUUUUGUAGCCGAUCACAUUCAAAAAGCCACUGGAUUGUGUCCAGGCUGCUUCGUCUGCAUCUCUCCAGCUGUUAACUGCAGCUGCAGAUUCUCGUCCAGCUGGAUGGGAGAGGGGAGAGUGCAGGCUCGUGAACAUUCUCAUUAACCGGGGUGUGCUGGGGUCAACUGCGACAAUAACGUACUGCAAGAAAAGCCAGGUGUUGCUUCCAUGACAACCACAUCUGCAUUCGCAAACUACACCCGUAUUGAUGCUGUAAUUUGAAGUUGUUUUUUUUUAUUGAAUGUGAAAAAGUCACUCUGGGAAUAAAGUCAGUUCACUUUCAUUUAAGUUAGUAGAAUUUAUAAAGUGAAAUAGUUUUCUACCAAUGAAUGACAUGGUAAAAUAUGACCCAAAUAUCAGCAUUAGUAUCAGUCAAAAUAUGUCUAGGUUUUGAAGAUCUCAACUUCAGUGCAGUAGGAAGUGUGUGUGUGUGUGUGUGUGUGUGUGUGUGUGUGUGUGUGUGUGUGUGUGUGUGUGUGUGUGCGCCUGCGUGUGUGCGUGCGCAUGCCAAGAAUGGGUUGUGGCGUUGGGAUUUACAGCCUGGAUCUAGGGAGGAAGUUUGCCCAUACACAGACAUACUGAGGCAUAACAAAAAAAUGCACACACAUGACUGGCUCGCAAGGAGAAGGUUGUAGGUUACAAGAACCGCAGAGAUUAUGCUGCAAGACAUCAGAGAGACCCAAAUUCCUCUGUAUAUCUCUCAGGUAGCAUGCAGUGGCCAGGGAGAGCCAUUAGCCUUUUAGCUUUUACCGAGCAGACAGGUUAUCUUAUCUGGAGCAGCUUGAAAGAUUUCGGAAAACAGAGACUUCACCUCAGGCCAGUAAAAUUCCAGCAGAUACUCCAGAGAUACGAUACACUGGUCCGGCCCUGGAGACACCUCUCAAACUGCUGAGCUCACAGGCCCUGUACUGGGAUUUCUGUCCAGAUGCUGCCUGUAAACCAUUGCCUCCUGUACCUCACAUUCUUCUCUUCGUCUUUGCCUUUAGGAUUCUGUCCAAACUGUAAAAUCAGAGCAGUUCUGACUUGCUAUUCUUUGUGACAAUAUCAGGGUACUUUUUAUUUUUUGAUAUGUAUGUUUUUGUAUCUUUUUAACCAGUGUUAUGCAGUUUUGUGAGCUUUUUUUUUCUCUCUUUUCUUUUUUUGAAAGACACAUGGAGAAUUGAGAAAUAUGACAAGAAGAUACAAGAAGACAUUCUUUACAUUCUUUAAGCCUCAGUUAUGUGUUGACUGGGUAUUUAGGGUACAUUCUAUAUGUACAACUGAUUAAGAAGCCAUAUUUGCUUUUACAAGUCGUUUUGUAUGGUGCUAUUUCGGUGCCUUAUGUGAUAAUGUGCACACUUCAGCCAAAGGGAAUUACACGCAGUUUUAAUCAGCAACCACACAAGUAUGAAACAUUUUGUGUGUUACUGACAGUCACAAAUGAAACAUGCACUUCACUCAUUGUGAAUGUCAGAGCAUAGUUCAGUCCACAGAGUUCUCAGGUGUCACACAGUAAAUGAAGGGAUUACUAAGAUAUUUAAGUGUAUUUAUCUUCUUUUACAUAUUUGCCACAUGUUCAUCGGGUAACUGAAUGUGUGUUAUUGAAGUUUAACUAUGUAAACUGUCUUUACAUAUGCUUUAUUUUAUAUGCAAUAUUUAUUUGACCUUUUCUUUAUGUGAAUGUACAUAAGCUUUGACCAUAAACGACUAUGAAUUACCAUGCAGUAUUGCCAAAAAAUUGACCGUGUGGCAACACAUUUCCUGUUUUGUGAAUACAUUUAUUUAUGUGUAUGUCAUAUCUGCAUAAAUUGUAUAAGCAGAUUUUUGGUGCUGUCAUAUGAAAAGCAUGAUUUAUGUAUGAGAUCUGAUAAAGCAAUAAUAAGAAGGAAAUAAAAAGCCGGACACAUGCCGUGCUUG